CUCUCUCUUUCUCUAACCAACAUCACAACCUCAUUCUCUCCGAGUUAACAACAAACUUAGGUUCCAACAAACAUCCUCAUCCACCUAGAAUAGUAAUCACAAGCAACAAAGCCACCACCCUAAAGUAGCACACUAAAGCACUCCACUUUCUUCAGCAUCACUCCUCUCUUUACUUGUUAGAGAUGAAAGGGAAAGCAUUGGGUGUCUUUAAAUCCAAGCUUCUCAAGCCAUGCAAAAAACUAUUAUUAUUUUUCAGACUUAAACCCAAGAAAUAUUUGUUUAUAAGAGCUCUCAAGUUCCGUGCUCACAAGUCCACAUUCCCUAAGGCCUUCCCAAGAAAACCAACUAUAAUGUCUUCCUUGUUGCAAUCCGUGUUUCGUUCACCCAAGAAAUCUAAGCACGCUGACACAUUGCAAGGACUCAGGAGUCCCUCCAAUGUGCAUGAAACUCCGUUCUUUCCUUCGCCACUUACCCCGGCUUGUGUGAUGGCUCACGGGGCAGAGAAGAUGGAGGCUUCGAGGCAGGAGGUAGAAGAUGCAUGCAGGAGUUUUGAGAACUAUUUGGUGGAGAUGAUUGUGGAAGAAGGGAAGACCAGGGACUUGAUGGAUGUGGAGGAACUUCUAUAUUGUUGGAAGAACCUUAGGUGUCCUGUGUUCAUUGAUUUAGUUAGUAGAUUUUAUGGAGAGCUUUGUAAGGACUUGUUUUCUCCGGAUAGUGAGGAAGGUGACAGUUCCAAGUGAAGGCCUAAGGAGAAAGUGUGAGAGAAUAAAUAGAAUAAUAGAUAUUAAUUUUUUCUAACUAUAAUUUUCAAUUGGGUGUUCCCAUAAAAUUGGAUGUGUGCAAUCUAUGAAUGCAAUUUAUAUAAAAUAUUUAAUGAAAUGAUUUAUCUUGAUUUAUUCA